AUGAGCCUUCCCACCUCCCACCUCCUUCGUCGGGCUUGCAGCGCAGCAUCAAGCGCCUCAUCCUCCUCGCGCCUUCUCCACACCACACUGCCCCGCCGAUCCUCUACACCAACCAAGAAGCCUGCAAUUGCAAGCAUCUCCGCAAUCCGCCAAGCCGUACCAGGCACCUCGAUGCUCAAGGCCCGCGAAGCUCUUUACGCCACUCAGUCCCCGAACACCGGGGAGGACGACGUUCAUGCCGCACUCCAAUGGCUAGACGAGGACCGCCGCAAGAGCGGGGCAAAGAAGGCAGAAAAGGUCGCAGACCGAACCAACAACGAGGGCCUCGUAGGCAUCUGCUUACUUGCCGAUGGGCUGCCCCAGGGAGAAGCGCAACAGGACAGUGGAGCUCACGCUGCGGCUCCACAAGGAGGCUUGGUAGAACUCAAUUGCGAGACCGACUUCGUAGCGCGCAACGACGUCUUCCUCCAGCUCGUCAACGAUAUCAGUCAUACCGCCGCCCUCUUCCCCACCUUGGCCGGACUGCCACCCAUGUCCAAGACCUCGACGCUGCAAGACCUACCCUUGCAAGCAUUCAUGGAUUUCCCGCUCAUGCCGGCCGACCCUACCGCUACAGCGGGCACGGGAUCGUUACGUACUGUCCGCUCGGCUAUCAUUGAUGUCGUUGCACGCCUGGGCGAGAAGGUCACCCUUUGCCGUGCUUCGGCCAUCCUUCUGCCGCCGAGGGGAGCAAAUAUGGGAGCCAAGCUGCCUCCCAAGGUCGUAGCUUCGGCGUUCGCUCAUGGCAGCACCAGCGCGGGAAAGCAGCAAAGGCCAGGCCAGAUGAUGGCAGCAGGCAAGGUGGUCUCGCUGCUGCUUACAAAGGUCCAAACACCUGCAGCAGUGGCGUCUAGCUCCUCAAGUCAGAUCGCCACACGCAGCUCAGCAGCUUCCCUUCGCGCCCUCACUCGCUCCCUCGCCCGUCAAGCAGCGGGGAUGGAGACCCUGGCCAUUCGUGCCUCAGCGGACGCGGCUGCUGCUGAAGAAGCUGCUGCUGGAGCGGCUCCUCUCCCGCUCUACUCGCAGCCCUUCGCUAUGUUGCUUUCUUCGGCUGGAAUUGAGCGAUCGAGCGAAGAGGAGAGCGUGCAGAGCAUUCUGAGCAGGUGGUGGAGCGGGGAGGGGCAGACAGAGGGAGAGGCGGCCGCUGCGGAGAUUGUCGCGGGUGGCGAAGAGGAGGAUGCGAAGGGGAGCGUCGACGUGGUGGACAUGAGGAGAUGGAGGGUGGGAGAGGUUGCGCCGUCUCCUGUCGUGGAGGAGGCUACACAGGCGUAA